CGCCCCGCCCGCCCCCGCCCGGUCCAGCCCUGCCCGGGCCUGCCCGCCCGGCGGAGGCGGAGCCGCGCAGGACUCUCCGCAGCCGCCGCUGCCGGAGCCGCCGCCGCCCGUGCCGGGGCCAUGGAGGAGUUUCACCCCCACAACGAUGAGAUGAUCUUCAAUGCUGAUGAGGCCCACAACAUUGUUAAGGAGUGCAUAGAAAGUGUUUUGGGCAAGGCAGAUUAUAAUCACAACAAAGUCAACCAAUGGACUGCUGCUAUAGUAGAACAGUCGCUGACCCAUCUGGUGAAACUUGGGAAAACCUAUAAGUACAUUGUUACCUGUGCAGUGAUGCAGAGGAGUGGAGCUGGUCUCCACACAGCAAGCUCAUGCUUCUGGGAUACCACAACUGAUGGAACCUGCACAGUGAGAUGGGAAAACCGAACCAUGAAUUGCAUUGUCAAUGUGUUUGCUGUUGCUAUUAUCCUGUAGCUGAGUGGAAGAGAAAAGAAGCAACACCGAAGCCUUUAAAAUAAUAAAUCAUCCUAACAUAUGGCUAGAUAUUUCAAACUAUUAUUUGUUUCUGUAUGAGGAGCAUAUAGAAGUUCUCUACAGAGAGCAUACAGUCUAAGCCAGUUCUCAUAGAUUAGUUACCUGAAAGCUAGCAAAAGAAAUUUAAUAUAUAUUAAAUGUCUGUAUCUAUCUGAAGAGAAAAUUUUUGUAAUUUAAAUAUUUAGAAGUAUGUUAAUGAGAAGUUGACACAAAGAUAGUAGAAUUUAUGUCAAAGCUAAUAUCAAAGAUACUUUAUUCCAGAGGAACAAAACACAUCAAAGAAAUGUCAAAGGGCAAGCAAGACCUCUCAGGAUUAUGGUGCCUUUGGGAACAAAUUAUGAACACAAUUCAGAGUGGAUAUACUGUAAACAAUACUGGUUCUCCAUGCUUGAUUAAACAGAGCAGACUUUCCCUUUGAAUGCUGGUGCUUGUGAAAUUGCAUGAGCAUCGCUUUUUGGUCAAGCAUGAAUGUUUACAUGGACACUAAAUCCAGGUAAGCUUUUCCCCUGGAGGCAGAGGAAGACCUUGCUGGGACAGAGGUGAAAUAUACCCAGUGCUAGCAGAAUUCUAAUUUGUCUUCAAAUUAAGAGCAUAAUACUUGUUAGCAAUUCAGGGAAACAUGCUGGGGAUCUGACACCAGCCCUUAAUUCAUCGUUUAUAAAUCUGAAAACAUUCUGAAGGUACUUAAAUUUGAUUUUAUUCCAUGAUUACAGAAUUUGUGGCAAGCACUUUAUUGAUUCCUCAUGCAGUAGCCAAGAGCUAGGACAAUAUGACUGCACCCAUCCUCCAAGUAGGAUUAAAGUGAUCAGUGAAGGCACACACAUUUCUAGAGGCUCUUGUUAGCUUUGAAAGCAUUUAUCAAAGUAACAUAUCUGUUCUUUAUAAGAGUUUCUCUUACGUUCUCUAAGUCUAGGAUUAGUCCUGCGAAAUAAAGCAGUUAAGUUUUCAGCACUAAGAAUUCCCCUCCUUUAAAGACUUAUGCAAAUUCUUAACUUUGCUCAUCUGAUGAGUCUUAACUUGAAAUAUUCCACGUGGAAGAAAAGCAUUUGCACACCUGCAAGUAUUUGCUGGAUUGGGGCCUACAUUUUUCUUGAUAAAUGCACAAAUUAUAUGAUUAAGAAAUGUAUCAAUACCAAAAAUGCCUAAAUGAUUGCUGCCACUAAGUGGCAGCUGCAUUAAGUUGUUUUUUCAGAUGCUGCUUAAGGAUAGGAUUUUUUGUUUAUACUGUAUGUCUUUGUAAGAGACUGGUAACAGCCUAACAGUGCUGUAGGGCUGUUUUGAACUUCAAGAAAUUAAUAUUAAAGCGCUAUUAUGCAGUUCUGUUAGGUUUGGGUUGUUUUUCAGACAACUGACUAUUAGUUAUACUAUUGAAACAAGUGUCCUGUGCAAAGAGCAAGCUAAAGAAUAUUUUACUGCUUAAAUUGUGUAUUUGUAUAGCUAGUGUGACACUACAGAAGGAGCCCAGUGUAUGUGUAGUUUACAGUACUGUUCAAAAUAUCAUGCUUUGCAGACAAAUAAAAUCCUGCUUUUACUGAAGUGCAAGUAAAUUUAAUACUGCAUUUGCCAAAGGCAAGUGUUGUGUGAAGAUGUGUGUGUAUGUUGUACUGACCUUCAAAUGUAGAUUAAUAAUUAAGCGUUAUUUGGGUUAGGAUAGAAAUUUCUGAAUUAGGUUCCAGCUAAGAGCCAAAUUCUGGAACUGACAAAAAUACAUUAGUUAACUCAUAUUUGGGAUUGUGCAAUGUGAAAAGAUAUGUGGGGCAGCAGCUGAAAAAAGGUUUGGUAUGAUCAGUAUGGUAAAAGAAAUGGGAGAGUAGAAAAAGUGGUGGCUGUUGUGCCCCUGUCAUAGGUAUUGAGGUACAAUGAUCAGAAGAAAUAUUCACAUAGCUUGUAAACUCAUUUGGUAUUUUUGCUUUACUUGAAAACCAGAUGCACUGAGUAAGACUAUCAGCUUAAUGAGGCUUGGUAAAGGUCCUCCUGCAGAAGAACCUUAGAAAAUACAGCUUAAUUAUAUGACUGUUUCAUUUUUCUUUCUACCAAAAAAAAUAAAGUUUUGCCUUAGUUGUA